CAUUCCCAUCAUUAGUUGAGUAAUAAAACAAUGGCGUCCUCCUUCAUGAUAGAGUUUGCACACCUCAGAAUUCCACUCAAAUCCAUACACAAUGCCACCAACAACUUUGCAGAAUGCAACUUCAUCGCCGAAGGUGCAUAUGGUAAAGUAUACAAAGGAGAAUUCUCACUCUCUAAGGGUCAAACCAUGGGUGCUGUAAAGCGCUGGAAUCCUUCAAACGAAGAAGGAAUUCCCGAGUUUCGAAGGGAGAUAAUGCUGCUUUCCGACAAUAGACAUGAAAAUCUCAUCACACUCUUAGGAUUCUGUGAUGAAGAGAAGGAAAGAAUCCUUGUGUAUGAGUAUGCACCUAAUAAAAGCCUCGACUUUCAUCUAGAGAACCCCAACUUCACAUGGGUUCAGCGUCUCAAGAUAUGUCUUGAGGCUGCACGUGGUCUGCAGUACCUUCACAAUCCCAAAGGAGCCCAACGAGUCGUUCAUUGUGAUAUCAAGAGUGCCAACAUCCUAUUGGACGAGAACUGGAACGCUAAAGUUUCAGAUUUUGGCUUAUCCAAAUAUGGCCCUGCAACACUAACCCGUUCGUAUCUUAUCACUCAAGCCAAAGGCACAUAUGGAUAUGCGGAUCCCGCGUUUUUGGAGACGAUGAUAUACACAAAAGAAUCGGACGUGUACUCCUUUGGCGUUGUGCUAUUUGAAGUUUUAUGCUCAAGGUUUUGCAUUGAUUUUAGUUGUGAUAAUGAACGUCGAUCGCUACUUGUAUGGGUAAAGAAGUCAUCAAAAGAUGAAAUUCGAGAUAAGGUUAUUGAUUCUAAUCUAAGGCAACAAAUGGAACAAGAUUCUUUUGAUACUUUCUUAAAACUGGCAUUCCAAUGUGUGGAAAGAGAGCCGAAACGUCGCCCAUCAAUGGAUUUGGUUGUGAGAACGCUUGAAUCUGCACUCAAAUAUCAAGAAAAAGGAAGAUUAAUUUCGAAGUUGAAAAGUGCUUCAGGUGUCCUGUCGGGCAUUGCUGUAGCCGCUGUGCUCCUAUAGGCAAGGGUCAUGCUAGGUUUUUUUAUUUUUAUAAUGUUCUACUAGUUCUAUAGAUAUCAGCUUCAAAACCAGCUAUUUUGUAACAUACUAACUCAAGUAAACGAUUGCCCCCCUCAUUUUGGGCCCAAUACAAUAUGUAUGUGGACCUGUGGCUUGUGAUAGCUUCUAUGGUUCUGUUUGUUUGUUUUGUUUGUGUUUUUGAGCAUGUGAAAUUUGUUUUAAAGGUUAAACAACCUAAAUCUAGUUUAUAUUUACAAGUUG